GCGCGAGCUGUCCACUGAGGUAUAAAAGAACGGAGCUUUCGGGCGGUGUUUGUGGGAUUGCAGAAACACGCUAGCCUCCCCCCCUCAAAGACAUGAAACGGCUAUGCAUAUGUGAGAUCUGCAGCUGUGGACGCCAUCGCUGCCCCCACCGACCCACAGCUCUGUAUGGAAAGCCCAAUGUGACAUGUGUCCUGACCGAGUACACAGAGAAGUACCCCGCCUAUGGAGGAUACAACCCGCCCCAGAGCCUGAAACCAAAGCCUGUUAACCAUGGUGACCGGGGGAGAAUGGAUGGAACUACUACAUUCAAGACUGACUUUAUUCCCUACGCGGUGACUCGACGCCCGGGGAAACAGCAGGCGGAGUACAAACCCAAACCUGGAGACAUAGAUCUGGGGACCACCUACAAACAGGACUACAGCCUUUAUGAGGUCCAACCCUUCGCCCCUUCCAGACCCAGCGAGAGGGUACGCACAACAGGGCACAAAAUGGAUACAGUGCCUACAUACAAAGAGGAUUUCCGACAGUGGGAGAUGUGCAAGCGGGAGCUGAAGAAACCCGACCUGACCUACCACCCGCCAGACGCCAAGUUCGACGGCCACACCACCUUCCAGGACGACUUCCUCUCCCGAGGCCUUGCCCCCAGGGAGAGCUUCAAGCCCUCCAGUAUCCCCAAAAUGUCUGAUAUCCCCUUCGAUGGGGUGACCAGUAACCAGCAGUGCUAUGUGUCCCACCCUCUGGAGGCACGCUGGGUGAAGGCUCCAGAGCUCUAUAAACCCAGUAGCCAGCCCCUACAAGACCUCACCACCAACCGAAGAGACUACCAGGGCCUGCCAGGACAGCUGCCCCAGAGCUAUAAGCCUAACCCUGGAAAGGUGACGUCUGACGUUCCCUUUCAGAGCAGCACAGAGUUUAAGGAGCGUUUCCAGCAGUGGCCCGUGUCCCUGCCUCAGCUGCACAAGAGCCUGCAGUACGUCAGCCCCACAGAGCACAUGGACAUGAGCACCACGUCUGGUUCAGUCUACGUCCAACACAACAUCCAGCCCUUCAUCUCUGCCAAGCCCUUCAAUCGGCCCACCAAGUCAUCAGCUCCCUUCCAGGUCUGCACCACCAUGAGGGAUGACUACCAGCCUUGGGAGGUCAAGAGACAGGCCAUGAUCAAGAAGCCUGAAGAGAUGCAGAGAGCCACCGGAAGGAUGGACCACCUCACCACUUUCAAGGCCCAUUUUACACCCCACGAACUGCAGCCCAAUGUGAGCUUCAAGCCAGCUCACGCCCCCUUGAGGGCUGAUGCCCCAUUGGAGGGCGGCACCAUGUACAGCACAGAGUUCACCCCCAAGAGGAUCAGCGUUUGUCCAGCAAGCUACGACUCCCUGCCGGGCUUCGUGUUUGAGGACAGCGACGACAGGGGACACAGGUUCUACAGGAAGUUGCCAUCUACGGACAUGAACAAGAUGGCCACCGGCAUGGCGGUGGCUGUGGUGUCAUAACGUUUGACCAUGAUAUUUGGUGACCAAUGCUUUUAAUCUUAAAAAGAGCGUGUGAAGGCAAAACUACUUUUGUUUGGUCUGUUAAUGAUUUCAUUUUAUUUUCCUACUACCUGUAUAGUAAUUGAUAGUAAGUAUCAAUGAUGUGAUAAUCAAAUGGAACCAACAAUUAUGAACAAACAGGCCAUUAUAAAAUAAACGUCCCUGUAUUCUGGUUGAUGGUUUCGAUUGAAUAGUUGGCUAAUCUUUGUUUUACAAAUUUGCGAAUCAUUAGUAAUUAAAACAAGCACUUAAUUUCUUAAUGAAUUAUACUUGUGUGUCCAUGUGCCAAAUUCUGCAUCAAGUCACCAGUCACACAUUUAUUGAAAUUCAAACAAUGCAGAACUUUCAGGGUUAUUUUCAUAGUCCAAAAUAAUGGUUCAAAGUGCAAAAGACAUACCGGAAACUUCAUUAUAAUCUUGCAGUGUGAUUUCAUUUGAAGGGGGCAAUAAAACAUUUUUUUAACUAGAGUUUAGAAAAAAAGCUAUAGAAAAAUAGUGGCCUCUUUAUAAUGCACAUUGUUGGAAAAAAGUUUCAUAUAAAAUCACACUAACAGAUUGAGUCUUAUGGUCUCCCUCUGUGUGUUUAUAAUGAGUAUUACCAAACAAAAUAUCAGGUGAUCAAACUGUCUUUAUUAUCUUAGUAUGUUGUCUUUCUAGAGCAUUUAAAAGUUUUGUUCCAUAAACAUGUUCCUUCAGUCCAGUUAGGAUUCUACAAACGGUAUCCAUGUCAAACACCCAAUGUUAUGGUAACGUUAUCGAUAUGUUGUCGUAAAUAUCAGUAGCAUUGAUUAUUGUCAGUAUGCAUUUGUUUGAGUGAGUGGCACUUGAUAAUGUGUCUGCAAAACACAUGACAUGCCUCUACAAAUCAUUGGUGAUUGUAAUGUAAAUGCAUGAGGAUUAAACCAGAAGGGGAAGGUAUUAAACACCUGUGAUCCAACAACAGCAAGUGCUUAUUAAUAAACUGUAUGGUUUCUAUCCAGUCUUUUUAAACAGGCGUUAAGACAACUAAACAAGGUAAGAAAAUAAA